UAAUAAGAAUUCUAAGAUCACUACUGUUUCAUAAGGUAUUGACGGACGAGUCUUUGGAGACGUUUUUAAUAGAUGCUAAAGUGAUAUUGAACAAUUGACCAUUCGUAAAGCCAGUUAAUUACUGGGAUAAUCUGGUUGUACCUAUUCUGGAAUGUAUGGUUACUAUAGUACCUAUCAACCCUUUAGGCGAGAUUCAAGUUGUUGGAUAUGAGAAGAAAUCUACAGCCUAUAUAUUUAGUGUUAGUAAACAAUAUUGGCUCACCGGUAAAUCUGUGGCCAAAAGCUAUAGUUAGACACGCCAGUUAUGGUCCAGGUGGACGAGUCAAAACAGUUCGACUGAAGAUAGCAACUGAAGAGAUCGGCCGGGAUGUACGAAACCUGUGCCUUUUAGAAGAGGCCGAUUAUUUGAAUGCGAUAGCAAAGCCUGGACGUUGUGUCCUUUUUGGUGGGAUGUUAGUUAUGUUCAUAACUAACCAAUCGUUGCUUGAACGCCCAAUAUAUCAAUCUGGUCUGAUGUGUCUGUAAGCUAUCCCUGUUGCGUGUGACUUACCAAUUGAAGGAUAUUAUUACUUUAUCGAUAGCAUUCGAUCAGCACUA